AUGAAUUCGACGACAUUAAUGACCUUUUUCCUUCGUACCGAUCCUAAGGUCCGAUCCGUCAAAUUGUUCGGCUCCUGGGACAACUUCUCCAAGCCGUACUCCCUGGAAAAGGAUAGACGGGUUUGCCCCGAUCUGUGGAAAGGGUGCUAUACUUUUACCGAUAUUAUUUGUGAUGGUUCUUCGGUGCAGUCUUCUUCACCUCGUUCUGGUGGAUUGAAGAACGGUGGUACCUACUGGUAUUACUACUUGUUAGACGACGACAUCGAACACUACAACGAAACCGAACCCGCGACGACGCACUGCCCCUUUCUCCCCGGCCAGCCGGUCAACGUUCUUCAAGUUCCGAUCCUGCUCCCCGAUAGCGAACCGAUUCACACGCACAACUCGCAGUCCUUCAAUAACACCCUCGACAUCCGCACCAUGAAUCCCGAGGACCGUUAUGUGAACCCCCGUCAGCCCCCUAAGCCUAAGCUACCGCGCCUCCGCACGUCCCUACAACAGCCUACUCCCUCCUGGUCUUUCAACUCCUCUCCUUUGAGCUUCAUCACCAACCGGACAACCUCCCAGCCUACCAGCGCAGCCGGCAAAUCUCGUGGUCAUAGCUCUGGUGGUAGCUUCGACUCCAGGAUCUCCCGCUCCGUGUCACCUCCCAGAUCCAGGGGUCUACGCGCGGCCCUCAAGUCUUUAAACGCGUCGACACCAGAGUUAACGGCCAUCAACAAUUCCAAGGAUGAAGAAGUUGUGACGAGACCGUCAGCUGCGUACGGUUCCCGACCUCUGUUCAGUCCUCAGCGUGACAGCAGUCCUGUUAGAGAAUCUGAAUUGCCAUUCCGGCGUCCUUCGUCUGCCAACAACCACGAUUCAUUGUCCAUCCAGGACCGUCGCGCAAUGAGGUCGAAAUACCGGGAUCCGUCUCCCUUCCGGAGUCCUCUUACCGUGGACACCCGCUCUGAUCGAUUCGAGUCCUCUCAUCAGAAUGAUAUGCCAACUCUCCGUGAGCUUGUGCAGGAAAUCGCGGUUUCCGGAGACACCUCUGUGACUCCUAGGCCGCCUAACUUCCAGGACAAGCGACUGCCCACGUUACCGAACACCCCUUCGUCCGUCAUGGACGAAGCAUUGCGGGAUCUGGACGACAGAGAGAAGGCACUUGACGCAGAAAACCUGGGCAGUCAUUUCUCGGACUUCUCAGCGACCGACGAAUCCACGGGAGGUCACUCCCCUGGAUUGGAGAAGAGCCGCUUCUCCGAAUGGAGCACCGACAAUGAACAGAUCUCUCCCGAGUCGAUGGUCUCCGCCUCGACUUUCAAUGAAGAUCGGCCAUCAUCAUCUAUCACCGACAAUGCAAAGACACCGGGUCUCUUGCAGCCGUCCCAUAUCGCUGAAUGCAGCGACCCCGAUACACCCCAUUUGACCGUGGACUCCCAACCAUCACCCGCUAUUUCUGCAGGCGACAACUCUCCUGGAAUCUCGCUCCCCGCCCCCCGCGUAGCCGUCUCAGGAUCUCCAUUACUGAACAUGGCUGGCCUCUCCAUCAACGACGAAGACGGCGACCACGAGCACACCGAGCACCCAGAAUACGUCGAAUCCAACCCCAAACGCCGCGCCGCGUUCUUUGGCGAAUUAGAAGUCAAUGGGCUUGGCUUAUCGCCCAGUCCAGCGAAUUCUGCCAUGCUUUUCAGAGACGCAGUUGAGCGCGAUUUAGCGGCCACGUCUCACGCAAGUGUUGGCUCUGGGGGUACGGGUCACAGGAGUCUGGAUAGUGGUCGGUCUGCUGGACAGAAUGCGACCAUGCAGGAGAUGAUGGAUGAAUUGAGCUACUUAAAGAACAUGAUACAAAAUGGGCAAAAUGAGACACCUCAGGGGAUGAUUUAG